AUGUCGUGGAAACUCACAAAGAAGUUGAAGGAAACGCAUUUGGCUCCUUUAGCCCAGUCUUUCGGUCGCUCAUCAUCGACAUCGACUAUCAAGGGCGAGCCAGUCCACGAGACUCCGGCACCUCCACAGCGUCCGAACUUAGUAUCACAGACUUCGACCGUCUCUACCGUCUCUAACGGAGUUGCCGACUCCGAGGCUUUGGUCUCACAUCCGGUCGCUUUAGUGAAACCCGGUAUUCUGAUUAUAACACUGCACGAAGGAAAGGGAUUUUCGCUGUCUCCUCACUAUCAACAAAUAUUCAACUCCCAUUUUCAAAACCCGAAUGCCUCUGUCCGCCCGAAUUCUUCUUCUUCACACUCCGCACAGACCGCGAACUCUUACGCACCGCCCCCUCGACCACAAUCUACCAGCAGCGGCAUCAAUGCCGCACCUACAAUCCACGGUCGUUACCUGACAAAAUACCUCCCAUAUGCGCUCCUCGACUUUGAUAAGAAUCAGGUUUUCGUCGAUGCUGUGUCCGGCACCCCGGAAAACCCCCUGUGGGCCGGUGAUAACACCGCCUUCAAAUUUGAUGUUUCUCGCCAGACUGAGUUGAGCGUGCAAAUAUACCUCCGCAACCCAGCUGCCCGGCCUGGAGCCGGACGUAGCGAAGAUAUAUUCCUUGGAGCGACAAAGAUGCAACCCCGUUUGCAGGAAAGUCAGCCCUAUGUGGAGGACCCCAAACUUAGCAAAAAAGAUAACCAGAAGGCGGCUGCUGAGCAAGAGAAGACCGUGGGUCAGAUAGGACAUGAAUGGCUAGACUUACAGUUCGGUACCGGCUCAAUCAAGAUUGGCAUGUCUUUUGUUGAAAACAGGGCUCGCAGCAUGAAGAUAGAAGAUUUUGAUCUUCUUAAAGUCAUUGGCAAGGGAUCCUUUGGCAAAGUCAUGCAAGUAUUGAAGAAGGAUACCGGGCGUAUUUACGCGCUCAAGACGCUCCGCAAAGCACAUAUUAUUUCUAGAUCGGAAGUUGCGCAUACUUUAGCCGAGCGAUCAGUGUUGGCGCAGAUUAACAACCCGUUUAUUGUGCCUUUGAAGUUCUCGUUCCAGUCGCCGGAAAAGCUGUACCUUGUUCUCGCAUUUGUCAACGGUGGUGAGCUGUUCCAUCAUCUUCAAAGGGAGCAACGCUUCGAUAUAAACCGGGCUCGUUUCUACACCGCUGAGCUGCUAUGCGCGCUUGAGUGUCUGCACGGAUUUAAGGUCAUCUACCGUGAUCUAAAGCCGGAAAACAUUUUGUUGGAUUAUACAGGUCAUAUUGCACUGUGCGAUUUCGGACUGUGUAAACUCGACAUGAAAGAUGAAGAUAAGACUAACACUUUCUGCGGUACGCCCGAAUACCUUGCUCCAGAAUUGCUUCUAGGCACAGGUUAUACGAAGAGCGUGGAUUUCUGGACUCUGGGAGUUCUUCUCUACGAGAUGUUGACAGGCUUGCCGCCUUUCUACGACGAGAACACGAAUGAAAUGUAUAAGAAGAUUGUCCAAGAGCCGUUGACAUUCCCAAGCCACGAUAUUGUGCCAGCAGCAGCUCGCGAUCUGUUGACGCGCCUCCUAGACCGUGACCCUCAACGCCGUCUCGGUGCCAACGGAGCGGCGGAAAUCAAGGCGCAUCAUUUCUUCUCGAAUAUCGACUGGCGCAAGCUGUUGCAGAGGAAGUAUGAGCCUACAUUCAAGCCUAAUGUGAUUGACGCCCGGGAUACGAACAAUUUCGAUAUCGAAUUCACCGGUGAAGUGCCCAAGGACUCGGUGGAUGAUACGAUCCUGUCUCAAACGGCGCAAGAACAUUUCGUCGGAUGGUCUUAUAACCGACCCGUUGCGGGACUUGGCGAUGCCGGCGGUAGUGUCAGGGAUCCUUCGUUCGGCAGUAUUCCUGAAUAA